CUUGCUUAACAACUCUGAAUAACUCGAGAGGUAGGCGGGCUCACUCAAAGCAGCUUUGUUUCUUUUUUCUUAUCUGUAAGGCUUCGACAUGUGCUGAGAAAGGACUGUGUAUGAGAGCCCUAUUUAGUGCCUGCUCCCCGACAAGGCCCACCUUAGACCAAGCAAGCUCAGGCACUGAAGCAACCCUACCUGUUCUGAGUUGGCCAGAUGCCUGGAACACUGUCAACCUAGUCAUUAAUUUACCUCUUUUCAAAAAGAAGGAAAUUCCCUCCUCACCAUCUCAAAUGUGUUCAGUUGCUUUGAUCCUCAAUGUUCGUUCAGCCAACUGAAAACCCUUCUAGGAAUGCUUGAGUCUCAACUAGACAGCAGUGCCAAGUGCUCAAAAAUUUUACCUGGUGUCCGAGGGAGUUCUGGGAGAGAUUGGAAGGAACUUGCACAUAUGUGAGCAGCAACGCCUGUGAGAAUUCACCCCUUUGUGCCAGAGACAGAAAGGUUCAGUCAGUUGCCAGGACUUGCCUUUGGCUGUUUGACAGGACAAGAUGAGCCAGGCCUCACCACAUCCAGGACCUAGGAGCCAUGAGAACCACGAGAAGCUCCAGGAGAACCAUGCUCUGCAUUGUAACUACUUCCUCGCCAUUAAUUCCAUCUGUGGGGUGGAACGAUGUAUGAGCUUGAUGCAGGCCGGCACCCAGAUGGUGAAGCUGAGAGGAAGCUCCAAAGGCCUGGUCCGCUUCUACUACCUGGAUGAACAUAAAACCUGCGUCAGGUGGCGACCGUCCAGGAAAAAUGAGAAAGCCAAAAUCUCAAUAGAUGCCAUUCGAGAAGUGUGUGAGGGGAAGCAGUCAGAGAUCUUCCAGCGGUAUCCAGACGGGACCUUUGACCCCAACUGUUGCUUCAGUAUUUAUCAUGGGGACCACAUGGAGUCCCUCGACCUGAUUUCAUCGAAUGGCGAGGAGGCUCGAACAUGGAUUACAGGCCUCAAGUACUUAAUGGCGGGGAUCAGUGAUGAAGACAGCCUGUCAAAGCGACAGAGGACACGCGACCAGUGGCUAAAGCAGACAUUUGCAGAGGCGGAUAAAAAUGGGGACGGCUGUCUAAGUGUCGGUGAGGUCCUGCAGCUGAUGCAUAAACUCAACGUCAAUCUGCCACGACAGAAGGUCAAACAGAUGUUCAAGGAGGCAGACACAGAUGACAACCAAGGCACACUGGACUUUGAAGAGUUCUGUGCAUUUUAUAAGAUGAUGUCCACGCGACGAGAUCUCUAUCUCCUGAUGCUCAUGUACAGUAACCACAAGGACCAGAUGGACACUGAUGACCUGAAGAGGUUUCUGGAGGUGGAGCAGAAGAUGAGCUCUGUGACGAAGGAACAUUGUCUGGAGAUCAUUGACAAAUUUGAGCCAUGUCUUGAGAACCAGAAGCGAGGGGUCCUCGGGAUCGAUGGUUUCACAAACUAUAUGCGAAGCCCAGCUGGUGAUAUCUUUAACCCUGAACAUCACAAUGUGACCCAGGACAUGACGCAGCCUCUGUGUAACUAUUACAUUGCCUCUUCCCACAACACCUAUUUAAUGGGGGACCAGCUGAUGUCACAGUCACGAGUGGACAUGUAUGCCUGGGUGCUACAAGCUGGUUGUCGCUGUGUUGAAGUUGACUGCUGGGAUGGACCAGAUGGAGAACCCAUUGUUCACCACGGUUACACUCUCACCUCCAAAAUCCUCUUCCGAGAUGUGAUGGAAACCAUCAACAAAUAUGCUUUUGUGAAGUCUGAAUAUCCAGUCAUCCUCUCAAUAGAAAAUCACUGCAGUGUGCCCCAGCAGAAGAAGAUGGCUCAGUACCUGUGUGAGAUCUUGGGGGACAAACUUGAUGUGUCUUCCGUGCAUGUGGACAAUGCGACCCUGCUGCCUUCCCCUGAGAGCUUGAAGGGAAAGAUUCUUGUGAAGGGCAAGAAACUAUCUGCAAAUAUCAGUGAUGAUGCCGAGGAGGGUGAGGUAUCGGAUGAGGACAGCGCGGAUGAAAUUGAAGAUGAUUGCAAGUUGAUGAAUGGAGAUGCCAUGGCGAACCGGAAGCACGUGGAGAGUGUGGCUAAGAAGAAGCUCGACUCAUUGCUGAAGGAGUCAAAAAUCCGAGACCGGGAAGAUCCCGACAGCUUCAGUGUAAACGCCAUCCCUCAAACGGCCAAAGUGUGUCAGAAGUCAGACUCAAAGAAGCAGAAGCGAAGCUCCAGCUCUGUGUCGACAGUGGAGAAGUCAAUGAGUAAAACUGAUGAUGGGACAGACUCUGGAGAAGAUCCAAUGACCAACAAGAGGCACAGUCGCUCCUUCAUUGGCAGCUUUUCCAAGCGCAAGAAAAAAGCUGUGAAGAUAAAGAAGUCCUCGAGCUUGGAGGAUGAUGAAGAAGAACAGGAGCAUCAGACCACUGCUGGCCGAAGCAUGGUGCACUCAACAAGGAGCGGCAGGCUGAAGAAGACCAUGAAGCUGUCCCGGGCCCUCUCGGACCUGGUUAAGUACACAAAGUCCGUCGGCAUGUACGAUAUCGACUCUGAAGUCGUGUGCAGUUGGCAGGUCUCUUCAUUCAGCGAAGCGAAAACCCACCAGCUCCUGCAGCAGAAGCCCCAGCAAUUUCUCCGGGUGAACCAGCAGCAGCUCUCCCGCAUCUACCCUUCCUCCUACAGGGUGGACUCCAGCAACUUCAACCCACAGCCCUUCUGGAAUGCAGGUUGCCAGCUAGUUGCAUUGAACUACCAGUCUGAAGGAAGAGUGCUGCAGCUUAAUAGAGCCAAGUUUAACUCCAAUGGGAACUGUGGUUACGUCCUCAAACCCAAGUGCAUGACUCGAGGUACCUUUAACUCAACAGCAGACGAUUUGCUGUCUGGACAGACAAAGAAACAACUGGUCCUGAGGAUCAUCAGUGGCCAACAGCUUCCAAAACCCAAAGAUUCAAUGCUGGGCGACAGGGGAGAGAUAAUCGACCCUUUUGUGGAGGUGGAGCUAAUCGGCUUGGCUGUUGACUGUUUCAAGGAGCAGACCAGAGUGGUGGAUGACAACGGAUUUAACCCAAUGUGGGAGGAGACACUGGUGUUCACUGUUCACAUGCCCGAACUUGCACUUGUCCGCUUCCUGGUCUGGGACCACGAUCCAAUUGGUCGAGAUUUUAUUGGUCAAAGAACUUUGGCCUUCACCAGCAUGAUGCCUGGUUAUCGGCACGUGUACCUGGAGGGGAUGGAAGAGGCCUCCAUCUUUGUUCAUGUCGCCAUCAAUGACAUCAGUGGUAAGAUCAAGCAAGUCAUGGGAUUAAAGGGGCUUUUCCACAGAAAUCCAAAGCAAGCUUCGCUCGACAGUCAUGUUGCUGUAAUGCUCACUCGCAAACACUCUUUUAGCAGCCACAUCCUCCGCAGGACUGCCAGCGCUCCCACCAAAGGGCAGCAGAAGGGCAAAAAGGGCUUCCCGCACAUUGUUCUAGACACCAAAGACUGCAGCUCAGAGGGAGCAAGUGAGUCUGACGACACCUCCCAGCCUCGUUUCGAGCAAGAGGCUGAACGCGCCGAGGCUGCUCCAGAAGGUGCUGAAGGGGCAGGCACCGAUAGGGAGGUGCAGACGGAGGCCUUUAAAGGUGUUCAGCCAUUCUCAUAUCCACUUCUAACCGUUCCCAUGCACACACUUGAAACCAUUACUGAAGAAUCUAUGCAUUCCGAGGAUAAACCUUGCACUGACUCCCAGCGGAUUCCCUCAUCUACUGCGAGCAGCUCAAGAGAAGAAACCACUGACUCAGCAGAACAUCCAGUUCCAGAAACAAGUCAGUCAUCACCAGAAUCCAAGAAGGUCUCUACCGCUGAUGACCGAGCAAUAAAGGCCCCAGGUACUCACCUUGGUGAGGCACAUUUGGGAAUUGGAGCUGUUGUCUUAAGCAUGGAUGUCCUCUCCGGAGGCACCAAGCAAGUGGAGAUCCCUCAUACUCACGCUUGUCUUACAUCAAGUCUCCACCAAGACUCUCAGGGUGGCGAUGAACCUGUCCACAUUUCUGAUGAUGGCACCAUUUUGUGCGCUACCGCCAGUCCCCCCACAAAUACACUGAGCUCUUCCCCAGGUUCAAGAGAGUCUUCGGUGGCACCAAGUGGCCAGGACAAGGAGAGAACCGGACACCUCAGUGGUCACCCAGCCCAACCUGAAGCUUUCCCCACAGGAGGCCCGGCCGAGACUCGCCUUCAGGAAGCACCUUGUGAAAGGUUGGACGACAGAGAGGCAGCUGAAUCCAGAAUAAGUCCAACUGCUGAUUUAAUCCCUGACGUGAUACUACGAGGUGCUCAGUACAGCUUUGGUAAAAGCAGCCCUGGUUGUCAGAUUAAGCAAAGUAUUCAGCCUGAUGUGGUGCGAAGUGUUAGUUGGGAUGGGCGUCUACUUCAAAGUCAGCAGCCACUGUUGGUAUCUCCUGUGCAACCGUGCACUUCUCCAAUACCUGCAGUCUCAUCAGAUGUGACCAUGAACGACAGAAUCUGGUGCAAGCUGGACACUGGAAGCCACAGGGAUAGUAUGUCCUCAUCAUCCAGUAUGUCCUCAAACGACACCGUCAUUGACUUGUCAUUGCCCAAUUUGGCCAGGAAGAGCUUGUCUGACCUCAGCACCAGGCAGAGUGAAACCUUGGAAGGGUUUUUAAUGGAUAAACGAACGAGGCCUCGAUCAGCUACAACGGGCCAUGAAAUGCUUGCUACAGUUAGCAAAAGCAAGUCAAAUCCUAAUCUGAGAUCCGAUGGUGAGCAGCGACCCAUUGAUGACCUACAACCCAAGCCCUUGUCCAAGUCAUCAGCAGUUCCUUUGCAGACAAAUUCCAGGCGGCACACCUGGAGUAGGCUGUACAUGGAGAGCCUCAAACAGUCUUCCCCAAUUCUCAAAUCAAGAACACAAAGCACAAAGGUGGCUGACAAUGCCAGCAAAUCAAAAAGCCUGGGUGACUUGACCUCUGAGGAUAUCGUGGCCAGCUUUGACAGCAAGUACAAGAGCAUCAGCCGGACCUUCAUCACCAGGCCCAUGCGGGAGCAGCGUCGAGCAGCCGGGAUGAAGACGUCCGUGCAGGACAACUUGACGGAGCAGCUGAAAAGGAUCACCAGCUUUGAACGGGAGAACGACAUUACCUCUGCCACCACGGAGCAGCCACCAGAGACAGAGGAGGGCAGCCCAGUCGUCCUUCGCAGAUUCUCAUCGAGGAGCCAAAGCCGAGUGCGGUACAUUGCCAACCGGGCGAAGCAGGCACAGGAACGGAAGAGGCUGUGCCAGCUGGGGCAAGCCAACAGCCCCCCUGCCGACCUCGGAGAGAGGGGUAACCCAGAGGGGGCGUGCUCUGUCCCCAAGAGCAUUUGCAUGGACCUAGCCUUGCCCCAGCCAGCCCCAGAGGACAAAGUCCCGCCAUCCAUUGGCACUGAAGCUGAAGUCUUCUUCAUGCUGAAACUAUAACGCUCAUUUUAAAGCAAUCUCACUGAGGUUAAACCAACAAUCUAGUCGGUAGAUUUCAAAUGAGUUGUUCCACUCCAAGGUGCAUAUAGACAAUGGCCUUAGGGAUGGGUCCAAUUUCUAAAAAGCUGGAAUUUGUGCUUUUAUUUUGUUGCACUUUUUGCGUGCCAUACUUUGCACAAAUCACCUGGUUUGCACUGGAAACUGAAACAUUUUCCAACACUCUUUGGUACCGUUCACACAAAAGAGAGCGCCAAAAAGUGUGCAUAGAUAUCGAGUGCACAGAGAGAGUGAGAAGGACAAACAGACAGACUGAGAGAGAGAGAGAGAGAGACAGAGAGACAGAGAGUGAGAGAGGUGGAAAAUAAAUUCAGCUUUUGAGAGCAAAUUACGCAUGAUGUCUUCCUCCCACUGGUGGGGAUGUGAAUCAUGUGACGGUUUCCGAUGGUUCUCAAUCCUGGGUCAGAGGUCAGGCACGUACGUCUUAAAUUCCCCAAAGUUCAGAUUAUGUUCAAACACCUUCCCUUCCCAAACCCUAAUUAGAUCGGUGACAAACAUUUCCAAAUUAUCUUUUAAAAUUGUGUACACUUAUGUGAAUAAAAUUCUGCACGAUGUUAUUGUUUUUAUUUAAAAUAUAAUUCCUUUAGAUUGUUUCAAACAAAAUAUCACCAAAAACGUGAAAAGUCAACGAAUUUAAUAAAUGCGCAGUUGUGUUUAUGAAGCAUACUUCCCAAAACAAUCUCUUAAAUGUUGCAUGGUUUUUUCAGUGUUUGAUUUGUGGUUUUAAUACACAGUUGAGAAUGGCUUUAAAAGCAGAUUUAAAAUUCUGCUGGUGCACAAAGGUGUGUCCCAGUGCUGCCCCUCCAGCCAUGCUGGGCACUGUAUUAACCUUUCCAUUUGCAGCUGUAAUUGGGCAGAUGCUCUCAGGGACUCUGGUUAAUGUUGGGCUGUUAAUGCUUCCAGUGGAUAAAGGCUCCCUCUGGAUGUCCAGAGUGGGUCGCCCAGGAAUCUAAUCCAGGCCCACAGUGGAGUCAGCUGAUCAGAAACUGAGAUGCUGAUUGGGGAAAAGAAAUGAGAGAGGGAGAAAACCCCUGAUCUCCGUCCAUUCUGCUGCACUCAUAGUCACCUACGUAUGGACGCUCGGACUGAGGGGAGGGCAUUCAGCCCCUCGAGCCUGUUCUGACAUUCAAUGGCAUCUUGCUCAAUUAUUUAUCUGCUAUGGUUCUGUGUCAAAAAAAACCUAUCGAUCCUGUGUUUGUGAAAUUUUCACGUAACCCCCCCCCAGCCUCCACAGAUUUUCUGCACAAGUUCCAGUUUCUAACUACCCCUUAUCUGAAGAGGUGCUUCCUGAUAUAACCUCUGAACAAUUUUAAGGUUUGCCCCCUCUCCCAGAGCCCAAUCCCCAACCAGAAGAAAUAAUUCCUAUUUACUGUACUGACUCCUAUUCACUCAACGUAACUAAAAGUUGCCCAGAAGUUGACCAUUUUCUAUGUGAAAAUUGCAAUGGAAGUGAUUUAACCCAUUGAAGUAAGCCGUCACUUCCAGGUGAGAUAACACCCAUGGUGAAUGCGGACCAAGCACCACUGUCUGCUAUUCUAUUCACAUGAGCACACCUGAUGUGUUCCUGACAUCAGCUGCACUCUGAAAUAGUAAGGAGUGUUUUCUCCUUCAAUGGAUGCCUCAGUGGUGACAAUGUUGGUAGAAAUCUUUUACUGGAGAUACUGUUGUGGCAAUGGCCAGCCUUGGCUUGGGGACCAUGGGGCUGGAGUGAAGGAUGUGCCUGUCUGUGAUGAGUCGACUCCUACAGUCUUCAGAGGCAUCACUCGAGAGUUAUCACGAGCUGCUCACAGUUGAUGAGGAACUCCACUGGGAGCUGGACCUUGGAAGAACAAUGCGCUUGCAGGGUCUGAUUUUCUGAGGCCAUGGAAUUCCCCCUUCAGCUAUGCUCUCAUGCCUGGACUGCUCAAUUAGCCCUCAUCUCUCUGGCCGCAGAUCAUUCCAAGCAGCAGCAGCAGAAAUCCGCCUCCUCUCGAUACACCGAAAGGCCGCACAGGCUCCUCGCAAGUGCAGGGGUCCAUGACCUCACAAGGGGUCCCCUUCACCACUCAGACCUUUCCCUCAACAGAAAGGACUUCUACUCCCUAAAUGUGCAAGCAGUUGUGAAUACUCCGAAGACUUUCUGAAUGAUGAAUGUUUUUGGGAAGCCACGUGACUCAUGCAUCUUCAUGGAGAUCACACUGCCAGCUGUUUUCCACAGUGGGAUGGCUACAAGGGGCCAGGGCUAUCCUCUACUUCCCACCAAUUCAUGGUCCAAUCUCGCCUGCUAAGCACCACUGUAGUAAGAACCAUAUCCACUGCACAAUCCGGCCAUCCAUAGUCAGCAGCCGAUGCCAGAAGUACACAGACCCUGAGCCUGACAGACAUAAGACACAGACUGAAGAACAGAACAAGGAACAAGAGGUCAAGGAAGGCUGCCAGGAGCAAAUCCCAGCAGAACACCAGCAGCUUCAUCUCCAAGCAGAGCAGAGAGGGAGGCAUUGACUGCUGGCACAGCAAGGGACCUCCUGAUAGAUGCUUUUCAAAAGGAGCCUACAAAACCCCCAGUACAGACAAAGGGCCAUGUUUCACACUCCAAUCCCUAACACCAAUAUCAGGACAGCCCGGAUAACACGCAGUAUUCCUUCAUAUCUUCCUUUCCAGGUCCACCUGCCAAUAAACGCUUACCGAAAUGGCUUGGUCCGACUGCUUUCAGUGGGGGCAGCCUGUCCUGCCAGGUCGCACAGGACAUGAAACGGGAGGGUGCAUUCUCACAGCUGGAGGAUAUAGUUGGAGCCAUCUCCUCCACACUGGCAGCUCCUUGGCACAGAGGGCCCCUAACCCUGGCAUUUAUCACACUGAUGGAACGUCAUGUUGGAGCUGUCCCCUUCUCCCCUGCAGCCCCCACCUCCUGCACACCAGCCACAGCUGCCAUCGGGCUGUUCUGCAGAGAGUUCCUGUAAGAUCUGAUGCCCUUUGCCUGUAAUUACUGCAUUCCUGCGUUGGGCUGAGUGCAGUCUUAUUAGGAAUUGCAGGGGUCCCUUUUAAUAUGUUGCUGGAUAUAAAUCGCAUUGACACUGCGUCAAAUGUAUUUUUGGACUACACAAUUCUUUGCAGAGAAACCAAAUGGGUGGUGGCCCUGUAUCAACACCAGAGCGAGUUCCAGACUUCUGGGCAAUUAUCUGUAAUAGUCACUUUGCCGACUGUGGGAGCUUGCUGUGCCAAAUGAGCUGCUGUUUCUCUUUCGUUACAACAGUGAGUAACUUCCAAAGAGCUUCAUUGACUCUAACACACGUUGGAAAUCCUAACAAGGAAGUGAAAGAUACAACAUAAAUGCAAGUCUUUUUCAUUUUAAGAAUGUCGAUCAGGUGUCUCCAUAAUAUUCUACAAAGAAGGGAGACGAGCCCAGGUUCCGCAGUGACUCACUCCUGGUCCUCAACAGCACAGAGAACAAGAACUUGGCUGGUGUAACAGACACUGUCGUCUUCUUGCAGGAGAACUCUGAGGCCAUGAACUGAGGCUUCUCUGAGCUUCUGACGGUCCACUGCCAGAACUUGAUCUUCAGGCUGGUGGUUCCCCAGGAAGAGGAGUAGGUUCCCUCACGUUAGGUCUACGUCACUGAGUUGUACUGUUAACAACCUGCCCAUUACUGCAGUGGAUGGAGACUGUCUAGGCUGGGAGGCCCCUGCACCUCUGGUCCAAUUUGGAAACACAACACACCCUGAGAAGAUGCAGCAAUAAUGCGGUUGUUGCCACAGCUAGUCCCUAUCAACUGGUCUGCAUGUGAAUUCCGGUACAAGACAAGGGACACCCCAGCGGCAGAGUUGCUUUGUUACUGGUGUUGGUGUUUCAGUCUCCAUUGCCUGACUGUGGCCAGUUGAUGGGCUGCCAGUAUCCACUCUGCACAUCAACACCAGCUUAUCCAUCCCUGCCUGCUCAUCUCAGGAGCAAAGGUAACAAGAAUUUCCAUUGAGGGUGUCAGAACCAUUGCAAACAUGAGUCAAGGCACUUCACAGGAGGAUUAUCAGACGAAUCUCAGUCAAAGAGGCAGGUUUGGAACAGCAUCUUACAAGGAAAUUCCGGAGCCUGGGAAGUUGAAGGCACAGCUGCUGGAGGCAAUGGAAAUUGUCUCAGAGGAAGGUAAAGACAUCAGAGGACUGUGGAACUUCAGGUGGCUACAGAGGGAUGGGGAAGACUGGCAAAAAUUCACAGUAAAGAAUGGCUUACGUGGUGACGAUUAGACAGGUGUAACAUUGCAAAGCACAUACACCGCAUGAAGACCAGUGUGUGGUGGGUUUCAUGCUCCCCACAGGGUCUCCCCCGCCACCCCCCACUCACCCCAUCAGCACUUCCUUCACUCCUUUCUCCCUCACCCAGCCAGCCACGAACAUUUCAGUGCAAUUUCCCUCCAUUCAGUCCAGUUGGAUUUCACACAUUAAACAUUUGCUUCUUCAGGAUAUUUUCCAUAAAUCCCCUUUUGGAUUUAUUGCCAGCCUUAUUUUCAGGACCUGUGAUUCUGCAACUAGCUGUAAACUAUUCUCCUUUAUUCACCUUAUCAAACCAUUACAGAAUUUUAAAAACCUUUGUCAGGUCAUCCCUCACCUUUUCCUUUCCAGAGGAAAGAGCCGCUGGCUUCCCUGUACCUUCUGGUUUCAUCAUUGCUCAUUGCGUUGAUAUCCAUCAGGAAGAGGUCAGUUCUGUUAGUAAAUGUUCACACCAUCUCCACAUCCAAAGAUCUUACAGAUGCCCAAAGUAACCAGGGGACCCAUCAUUGUACAUGUCACAUUCCCCCACCCCGGCUGAUGUGAAUGAUUCAAAAAUUAUAAAUGCAAUGUUGGUUGAAAUGAAUACACAAAAUUGUAGACCCCAGAAAUUGAUUAGCAUUUUAAUUCAUUAACCAAUUCCAGAAAUGUCUGCCUCUUCAAUUGCUGGUGUUUUAGUUUGCUGCUGUAACUUUCAGUAACUCAAGGGUUGCACUGGUCCCUUGCAUGAGAUAUCAUUUCAACCAGAGAUGUUUUACAUAUUGUUAAUAUUUAAGCUUUUCACAAAAAAAUGGCAAAAGGAGCCAUUUUACGACUGAAAUGUACACUGGAAAUAUUUUUAAUUUUACUUGUUUAUUUUUAAUGUCUAUUCAAAAGUAAUAAUUGAAUGUUUCAGCAUAUGAAAUGGGAAUGUUUUGUUUCCAGAUAUCUUGGAUGUAAUAUUUCAAAUGAAACACAGUAUCUUCCAUGUACAUUAAUGAGGGUUGUGAAUGUCGUAUGUCCAUAUUGCAAAAAAACUACAGAACAGAAAUAUGUAACUUCCUACUACUUUGAUAAUUC